AUGCGUCGUGUUUUGCAGCUCGUCAGUCUGCUCUGGCUGUUUCUAGGCCAAGUGCACAGUCGGCCGGGCGACAAUUUCUGGGAGGCUGUGCACCGGCUCUCUGAUCAAGAUGAAGGCUCAGAAAUCCUUCAUUUCUUGCAGACCGGCCAUCUGCCGUCCAAGAGUGCUUCAUCUGGACAGCCCGGAUCGGAGAGUACUCCAUUUUUCACCUCGCAGCCCAUCAUUGCGGAUCGCUGGUACGGACCUAAGAUGGAGGCUUUUCGACCAGGCAUACGAAGUGGCACCACGUCCGAAGGCACAUCAAACUUGGUAUCUGAUCAUUCCAGUGAGAGAAAAGGUACUUCGCAAAGCGAGCAAAUGUCUGCAAGUGCAAAGGAGGCCAGUUCGACACCCCUACACAAGCCGCCGCAGAUCACUGCGCCACGUCCUCUCUCAAAACUGGAACGGAUCUCGAUUCUGAAACCAGUCGGCGAUAAAUUUGGUUUAAACAUUCGACCUUAUACGGCAGCAGAGAUCCAUCCUUACACUGGGGCAUGGCUGACCAGUGAGCUUAUUACUGAAGCUUUCGGGACCACGAAUACUAAGCUGCGCAGUUUUCAAGAAGAUAUCUAUCUGCUGCCGAGCAAAAGAGUGCAAGAAGAGCCAGUAGCCAGCAAGAGCGACGGAGGUAUGGCAAUGACAGGACCUCGAAACAGACAUAUAUACGUUUGGAAGAAGAUUGCUCCACCAUUCGGAGCGCCAGGCUUUGUUUUCCAGUUUGUCGGUGCAAUCACAGCUGGACGUGAAGCACGUAGGAGCCUGGGAUACUUAAAAGGCUUCAAAACUGCUCGAGAAGCCAUCGCCAUCGGUCCUGACUCGCUGUAUAAUGGACUCUACGUCCAACCUGCAAGGUGA